AUGCCAGUACGGCCUGCAGCUGCGGUUCCCCUCAACCGCCACGCGCACGGGGCCACAAGUCGAGACGACAUCGACGGCAAGAUACACGCAGAUCAGGGUAAGCUUCAGCACUUCAGCCCUCACACCCGGCAUCCACGACAGAUCUUUGACCCGUAUCAGUUUGUCGGCGACUCUGAAGAGGGCACAGAUUCGCGUCAAUCUGAUGGCGGCAUUGCGGGCUUGCACCACACUCCAGCCGCGUCGUCACACACCCGGUCAGAUAGCCAACUGUCCACGCACAGCGGUCCAUUAUUGUCGCGAGGGAUAUUACACACGCCGGACAAUUCCAGCGAAGAAGCAGUCAGCCAUCAGCAGCAUCAUCAACAACAACGAUACACCACCGAAUUCACGAGCCCGGUCUACCCGGACCCGGACCACUUCCAGUUCCGCAUAUUCCCAGAUCACUCUCCGUACGACCACGCGCUCCGCCCCACCACAUCCUCCACCGAGCAGCAGCAGCAGCAGCAGCAGCACCUGGAGGCGGGCAGUGCGGAGCACGGUGCCGUAGAGAGUCUCGUUUCGUUGGCCACGUCGGUCCAAUCGCCCUUCGUUUUCCAACACGAUGGCUCUUCUUCCUUGAACCACCACCAGCACGACAAUCGGGUGGUGGUGGUAUCCAGACACCACGGACACGAAGACCAUUCCAACAAUCAGCAAGAUGCAGCAGCAGCAGCAGCAGCAGAUCUUGCGGCGGCCCCUACACCGGCGCCGGCGGCAUCGAACAGUGCUGCUGCUAUGACGAGCAACACCACGUCAGCUCAACUCCCACCAACAACGGCUUCUUCUUCCGCGGAUGAAAUCACCGAGGAGCGCGGGCUGGAACUACUGCGAUAUUACCGCUAUCACGUAGCACCAUGGCUCGACAUGCUCGAUCUAAGCCACCAUCUCGGUCUCUACCUCCCCACCAUCGGCGCCGAGUCCCCACCCACCACCUACGCAAUAUACGCGCUGUCCGCCCGCCACAGGGAGCUCGCGUGCGGCGUGCCGGACAUGGCCCAAUUCGAGAGCGAGCGCUACUACAACAUCUCCAAAUGGGGCACCAAAGACGUGUACCGCGCUCCAGAAAGCAGCAGCGACGACACCGGCUCGUCGGACGUGCUGGAGGCCCGGAUGAUCCGGCUCAUCGUCGACCUGAUCUCCGCCCCCUUUAGUAGCUGGACGUCGACGCUGGGCCAGACGGUCAACUCGCUGACGCCGCUGUACACGUACGCGCUCACGCCCGGGCUGGCGGCGUCGCUGUUCUGGUGCGUAUUCCGGUUCGAUCUGGCGGCCGCUUUGGCCAACGAGUCGCACAUGACUACGGAUCUGGACGCGCUCGUCGCGCUCGACAGGCCGCCGUCGGGUGGCGGCGGCGGCGGCGGCGCCAUGUCUGCCGUCUUUUUUGGCGACGUCGAGCAGCCCGACGAGAGCGCCGACCCCGCUUGCGUGGACCGGUACGCGCUGCGCGCGCUGCUUCUGUGCGGCGAGGCCGUCCGCGUCCUGCAAGACCACCGCCAAAGGGAAGCCGGAGACGAGCGGCCUGGCGGCGGCGGUCGGGCGGGACGCCAUCAGAACCAUUUGGGGCAGUGGCAGAACAAGUGGACGGAGCUGUCGGCAUGGUACGCGAACCGCCGUCGAUUCGUCAAGCCACUUCUCGAACUGUCAUCGUCGUCAUCAAUAUCAUCAUCAUCACCAUCGACAGGUGAGAGGUCGAUGAUGGAAGCAAACAACAACGCAUUCCCAACCAUCAUCUUCAGCACGGCGGCAGCCACGCUCGCGAACCUGGUGUACCACACCGCCGCCAUGAUCCUCCUGGACUGCAAGCCCAAGACUCUCAAAAUCCCCGGGCAGCACUCGCCGACGGCGUCGCUGCACUGGCACGCGCAGCGCACGUGCGCCAUCGCCGUCGGCAACCACGACGCCGGCUUCGAGAACUGGGACCUCUGCAUGAUCGCCUGCGUCCUGCGCGCCGCGCGCAAGAUGACGCAUCGCGACCAGCAGGCCGCCGUGCUGGCGACGCUGAAGCUCGCCCAGGCGACGACGGGCUGGAAGAUCGACGGCGACGUGCGGACGCUGCAGGAGUUCUGGCGCCUGGCCGAACACUCGUGA